AUGCGGGACCCGCGGGGCGCCGUCAAGCCUGCAGCAGCAGCCACCGCCAGCGCCUGCAGCAGCUGCCGCCCCUGGACCCGGUACGCUCUGUGCUGCCCUGUGCUGCCCGUGCUUGUGCUGCCUGUGCCUGUGCUGCCCGUGCCUGUGCUGCCCGUGCCUGUGCUGCCCGUGCCUGUGCUGCCCGUGCCUGUGCUGCCCGUGCCUGUGCUGCCCGUGCCUGUUGCUCCCCGUGCCUGUGCUGCCCGUGCCUGUGCUGCCCGUGCCUGUUGCUGCCCGUGCCUGUGCUGCCCGUGCCUGUUGCUGCCUGUGCCUGUGCUGCCCGUGCCUGUGCUGCCCGUGCCUGUGCUGCCCGUGCCUGUUGCUGCCCGUGCCUGUGCUGCCCGUGCCUGUGCUGCCCGUGCCUGUGCUGCCCGUGCCUGUUGCUGCCUGUGCCUGUUGCUGCCCGUGCCUGUGCUGCCCGUGCCUGUGCUGCUUGUGCAUGUUGCUGCCCGUGCCUGUGCUGCCCGUGCCUGUUGCUGCCCGUGCCUGUGCUGCCCGUGCCUGUGCUGCCCGUGCCUGUGCUGCUCGUGCCUGUGCUGCCCGUGCCUGUGCUGCCCGUGCCUGUGCUGCCCGUGCCUGUGCUGCCCGUGCCUGUGCUACCCGUGCCUGUGCUGCCCGUGCCUGUGCUGCCCGUGCCUGUGCUGCCCGUGCCUGUUGCUGCCCGUGCCUGUGCUGCCCGUGCCUGUUGCUGCCCGUGCCUGUGCUGCCCGUGCCUGUUGCUGCCCGUGCCUGUGCUGCCCGUGCCUGUGCUGCCCGUGCCUGUGCUGCCCGUGCCUGUUGCUGCCCGUGCCUGUGCUGCCCGUGCCUGUGCUGCCCGUGCCUGUGCUGCCCGUGCCUGUUGCUGCCCGUGCCUGUUGCUGCCCGUGCCUGUGCUGCCCGUGCCUGUGCUGCCCGUGCCUGUUGCUGCCCGUGCCUGUGCUGCCCGUGCCUGUUGCUGCCCGUGCCUGUGCUGCCCGUGCCUGUGCUGCCCGUGCCUGUGCCGCUCGUGCCUGUGCUGCCCGUGCCUGUGCUGCCCGUGCCUGUGCUGCCCGUGCCUGUUGCUGCCCGUGCCUGUUGCUGCCCGUGCCUGUGCUGCCCGUGCCUGUGCUGCCCGUGCCUGUUGCUGCCCGUGCCUGUGCUGCCCGUGCCUGUGCUGCCCGUGCCUGUUGCUGCCCGUGCCUGUGCUGCCCGUGCCUGUUGCUGCCCGUGCCUGUGCUGCGCGUGCCUGUGCUGCCCGUGCCUGUGCUGCCCGUGCCUGUGCUGCCCGUGCAUGUUGCUGCCCGUGCCUGUGCUGCCCGUGCUUGUUGCUGCCCGUGCCUGUGCUGCCCGUGCCUGUUGCUGCCCGUGCCUGUGCUGCCCGUGCCUGUGCUGCCCGUGCCUGUUGCUGCCCGUGCCUGUGCUGCCCGUGCCUGUGCUGCCCGUGCCUGUUGCUGCCCGUGCCUGUGCUGCUCGUGCCUGUUGCUGCGCGUGCCUGUGCUGCCCAUGCCUGUGCUGCCCGUGCCUGUGCUGCCCGUGCCUGUGCUGCCCGUGCCUGUUGCUGCCCGUGCCUGUGCUGCCCGUGCCUGUGCUGCCCGUGCUUGUUGCUGCCCGUGCCUAGUGCGCUCUGCUACUGUCUGCGCCCCCGUUUCCGGCUGUCGCUGA